AAGCGCGCUUUCUCUCACAGUCUCCCUCCUAUUUCUCUGCCUCUCUCUCUCUCUCUCUCUGCAAAAUUCAAAUCCAAAAUUCCGCUCGUCCAAUAGAUCUAUCUCAGUCUGCCUGCUUCCCUCUCCAAAACCCUAACCCGCCACCCAAAUCCCUUACUCAUUUUUCUUCUCCGUCUUCUUCACUUUGAGCCCGCCUCCCUGUCAAGAUUUGCUUGGUGGGUUUUUGUGGACAAGGUCACGAAUUUGUACUGAGAUUUUCCGGUUGGUCGAGUUUUGGCGAAAAUGGAGGAUCAAGCCGAUUCUGGGUUUCCUCCUACUGGAUCUGCUUCCAAGAUGGCCGGCGACAAACGAGGCAGUGACGACUUGGGGGAGGAGGAGCAGGAAGUCCCGCGCAAGCGGGUUAAAAUGAGAAAUCUCGAUGCGGUAUUGAGGGUUCCAGAUGCAGAUUCUUGUCAAGUCCAAAGAAGUGGAACAUCAACUUUGACACUGUCAGCUGAAGUCAAUCCUGUCCAUGGGCGACUGGAUCUCAAUAGUGAAGCUGGUAUGGGUUAUGACUCUACAAGACGUGAAGCCGUACAUAAUGCAGACAAUUGUGCUGAAGUUGCCAACAAAUGUGAAACAUCUCUUGGCACUGGCUUGGAUCUCAAUGCAGAAAACAUUGCUAGCUCUGGCAACCAUAACCGGGUCUACCCAAACAAAACUCACAAAAGCAGGCAAAAAUCAUGGGACGUGUCUGAAUGUGCAAGCACUACAGGUCCAGUGGUGGAUAAAGACCCCUUGAAAGUUUGGAAGGAGAUGAAGCAGAAUGGGUUUCUCUCCGCACCUCAUGGUGGGAUAUCAAGUCAAAGCAAUCUGCUUUCAUCCUCUUCUAAUGGACCGCCGCAUGGAGGGGUACCAGUGCCGAAGCAACGCGGGAGGAAACCCAAGAACAAUGACAUCGUGAAGAAGAGAAUGGAGAUUGCAAAGAAAGAACAGGUGGACAGAUUCACAAAGAUUGCAGCUCCAAGUGGACUGCUGAAUGAUCUCAACCCGGGGAUUAUCAACCACGUGAGGAAUAGCAAGCAGGUGCGCUCCAUUAUUGAGGCUUUAGUCAAGUCCGAGAAGCAUGAGACUAAUCGUGAAGAAAGAAGAAGGGAUAGCUAUCUAAAAGCUGGAAGCAAAGGAAUUGGUGGAAAUGAAAGCUCAUCAGUUGCUGUGUUUGAAAGUAAGCUAAUGGGAGGGUUCACGAUAUCAAGUAGAGAGUGUGAUUCCGGCACGACAAGGGGGAUGUGUGGAGGAAGCAGUCUUUCGUACUCCCAUCCUGUUGGUGAAGAUGCUCUUGUGCUGAAACUAUCAUCGUCAAUGAAAGUUCCUGAGGAAUCUAGCAGCUUUUCUAACAACGGAUCUGCUGAUGGCACCAAUGCCUCUUCUCUUUCUGUCAAAGCGGCAAGUGUUGCUUCACAGUGGUUGGAGCUUGUUCAGCAAGACAUCAAAGGACGGCUCACUGCUUUGCGGCGUAGCAAGAGGAGGGUGAAAGACGUCAUAACUACUGAUCUACCUAUGUUGAUAUCAAGAGAAUUCGGCUCCAACCAAGAGAACAGUGACCCUUACAACAUGCAUGCUGCUGCAAUGCAUCAAGCGAGAUGGACCCAGAAGUUUGAUCAAAUGGAUAAAGCACUCACUGAAGAACAGAGACAACUUGAAAGUUGGCUGAGCCAGCUGAAAGAGAUGCAACUACACUGUGAUCAUGGGUUGCAGCAUUACCAAUUGAAUGGAUUCAUGGGACUCCAACAACCCCCAGGGCCGGCAGAACACUUCAUCAGAACGCCCAAGCCCGAAAACCCUGAGAAGGAAUUGGCAGUGAGGGCAGCUGCAGCAUCCAUCUAUUCAACAUGCAAUUUUUUCACGUCAAAGGAGAAUGUUUCAUGUUUCUGAACCUCUUUUUGAUGUCGCUUCUGUAAUUUUUCUUGUUGUUGCCUUAGGAAAUAGGGUUAACUUGUGCAUUUAGCAGCAUACAGAUUAAGAAGCUGAAAUGUAACCUUGGGUGAGUUAAGUAUGUUCCCUUUACCCUCUGAUUAUGAGUGACGUUGCUGUUUCUUUCUAGAGGGUUUCUAGUAACAGUUGGUUACUGACCGAUUCUUGUUCUACAAAAUCUGUAAGUCCAAUAAAGAGUUGGGGGAUUCUCAA